UUGGGGAGGUUGAUCGCUCUUGGGUGCAUGCGGUUGUUGCGAAUUUUUAGCGGUAUAUCCACGUCUCCAACUCUCGCCCCUUUUGUCUGGGCGACAGCCUCUGCAGAAGUCAGCUGACGUGACGCUCUGCGUUUUUCUUGGAAGGCCAAGAGCGCCAAGCGGUGGGAACCGUUUGGAGAGCCCAUGAGUCCGAUCGAGACGAAGGAGAGGAGCACGGCGGCAAUCCCCGAGAAGGGGAAGGACGAAAGGACGGGAGACGAAAGAAGCAAAGGAGGAAGGAGAGGCUUGGCCUUUUCUUGAGGCAGGAUUCACUUUCGACACAUUCACCCCAUCAGUUCGAGUACGUGUGGUCAGUCGUACAGAUGUGGUGUAAGCGAUCAUUGUAUUGUGUCAGUGAGAGGGUCGUGGCACGCUAUCAUGUUGGUUUGUGAGUGUCGUUGAUUGUGAACUAAGUAUAGCGCACUAAACGUGGAACACACUAACCAUCUUGAGCACGUCACUGAUACGUCGAGGCGGAAAUUCGAGUAUUCCUCGGCUAAUUGACAACAAAAGGUUAAUGAUUUCUGGCCAGGCCUGCUCAGAGUCGCUCCUUCUUGAAACACAGAUCUGAGGUGAGACCAGAAUGCUAGCUCACCAGUGCACGCGUUACAACUCUUGUGCCACCCAGUGUUGAAGUGGUUUUAAUUCCAUUCGAAAUGGAACGAGUUUCCAAGUUUAAGUGGCAGUUCAGGCUAAAUCGGAGUAGCCGGCUUUACUCCGUCAUUAAGACUUUUCUUGUCUUGAACGCCCUGAAUUUUGGAUUUCCCGGGACCAAUGGAUCAGUCCUCACCGAAAUGGAGAAACCAGUGCCCGUGAAGGACGUGGAGGCCGUUUUGGGUGGCGCUGCCGAACUGCCGUGUGAUAUUUUGCCCGAAGACGCUCACGACGAUGUGUAUUUGCUCCUUUGGUUCAAGGAUGAAGCCACCAAACCCAUGUACAGUUUGGAUGUCCGCGGCAAGCCUUUGAACCAGGCCAUCCAUUGGUCAGAAACCUCGUCCUUGGGCAAACGAUCCUCAUUUCGCACUCAAAGCACACCCAAUAGCCUCAUCGUGGAGGAUCUAACCAUGCAGGACGAGGGUAUCUAUCGUUGUCGAGUGGAUUACCGGAACUCACCCACAAAGAAUGUCAAGCUCAAUCUAACUAUAAUUGUUCCACCGGACAAGCCCACAAUUCGCAACCAAAAUGGCCGAGAGCUCCUUUCGUACGAAAUAGGGCCUUACGAAAUUGAAGAGGAUCUCAUGAUUGAUUGCGAUGUCACUGGAGGAUCACCGGCUCCCAAGGUGACUUGGUGGAAAGGUGGAGUAUUGUUCGACUCUUCGGAUGAGGUCGUUCAUCCUCGAGCCUCAAGGACAGGAGCUCUCAUUCGAAACCGCAUGAUCUAUCAAGGACUUCAAAGGGAGGACUUGGGACUCACAUUCACUUGUCAGGCCUCCAACACUAACCUCAGUGUACCAGUCUCGAGGGAGGUGAAAGUCAUCCUUAAUUUGCACCCUACUUCGUUGGCAAUUUUGGCCAAGCCGAAAUCAGUGUCGGCCUCGAAAGAAUUGGAGGUCGUUUGUCAAGCCGUGGGCGGAUUUCCACCGCCUCGACUCUCGUGGUGGUUGGGUUCCAAGAAGCUUCAACCUUCUGACGAGACCAGCUACAAUGGCGUCUCGAAGAGUACGUUGCGCUUCACGCCUCAAGUGGAAGAUGAUGGCCGAUAUCUGACUUGUCGAGCCGAGAGUUUGGCACUCCGUAACACGGCCAUGGAGGAUCAAUGGCAUCUCCAAAUACAUUACCCUCCAGUGGUGACCCUGCGUCUGGGGCAAAAAUUGGACCGAGAUAACAUUCGGACCGGGCACGAUGUUUACUUUGAAUGUGAUGUACAAGCUAACCCGCCUCCACUUCGACUCGAAUGGAUACACAAUGGCCGCCAAUUGUCGCACGAUCCAGAUAAACGAAUCAUCAUGAGCACACAAAGCUUGGUCCUUCAAAAGGUGAAAAAAGAGGCCGUGGGUGAAUAUGUGUGUCGAGUUGUUAAUGCAGAGGGAACUGGCGAGAGCAAUCCGGUUCCACUCCAGAUCAUGUAUGCUCCAAUAUGCGCCUCCCAGAUGGUGGAUCAACUGAUUGGAGUCACAGCUGAAGAGAAUAUUUCGAUCAAUUGUAGGGUGGAUGCUUAUCCUCCCGUGGUGACCUUCAGCUGGUUUUUCAACAAUAGCGAACACCGUGAAACUCUGGAGGAAGAUCGGUUUAGCUCGAAAGGGCUCGUGUCCAAUCUGGAUUUCCGUCCUACCACAACUCAGGAUUAUGGAACACUUUAUUGUCAAGGAGAGAAUAUCAUAGGGCACCAAGUGGAACCGUGUGCUUUUCAAAUCGUCCCAACAGGUCGACCAGCGCCAUUGACAAAAUGCCAGAUCUUCUCCAAUGCCAAUUUUCCCCUCCAAAACUCCUCUGAAAGUUCUUCUUCCACUGCCACUGCCACCAGUGGAGAACAGACCAUCUCGUCCUCGUCCUCUUCUCAAGUCAAAGACUCAGCCUCGUCUUCACGGAUCCGAGUCGAUUGUAGCGAAGGCUUCGACGGUGGUCUGCCCCAGACUUUCCUGCUUGAAGUCUACGAGGCCGACGAGCUGAAGACCAAGGUCACCAAUCAACAGCCAAACUUCGAAAUCAACAAUUUCAAUCCGAGUGCCCAUACCAAGAUGUUUGUCUUUGCCCAGAAUGCCAAGGGAUCUAGCGAAGCGUACAUUCUCGAGGAGGACACCAUCAUCAAUAUGAGUAGUAGCAAACACACCAAGCACAUGCCCGAGGGUGUGACCGACUCGAAAGCUGUCACGGGCAGCAAAUCAACCUUGGACCUCUCUGGUGCAUCUUCGUCUUUGGUGGUCAUUGUUACGGGCGUGGCAUGCGGAGUGGUCUUCACGGUCUUGGUGGUCUGUCUCCUUGUCACAUGCAGGCAGAGAAGGCCCCCAGAUGGUUCACCUCCACCCAAUGCGUCGUCCAUGGUGGGCAAAUCCAGUGCUUCAUCUUGUUCAUCGUCAUCCUCCUCGUCCAUGCUGAGAGAGUCCUCUCGAGCGAAAGGUUCGAGCAAGAAACGCAAGAACAUGUCAGAAUCCGAAGUGGGACUCAUUGCUGGAGGGGGGUACCCAACGAACUCUUCGGAUGAGCUUUAUAUGCGAUCUCAUGGAGAAAUGCCACCUCAUCAUCACCCUGACGGCAUUGUUCCUGCCAAUUUUCCCGCUUUCGGUUCUCCGGAGUGUCCUUCGUCUUGCCAACAAAACCUGUCUGAAGUCCCUAAAGUGAACAAUCCAAUGCUCACUGAUCUCAAUUCAGUAUCUUUACUAAGAUCAGCAGCACAUUGCAAUUCAUCCAAUAAUAAAACUGGAUCCAUGCGACAUCCCAAUAAGGUUCCUCAACCCCCUCACUUGAACACACUCACCAUGACCCAUCCCGGGGGAGGUCCAGGUGGACUUGCCGGACAAGGUUCCAAUUCAAUGCCGGGAGUCGAAUGGUACCCUCCUCCUCCGGCCAACUGGCAAAACCACGGACCUCAGAAUGCUCAUGGACACAUGGGAGGAACCUUGGGGCGUCAUCCUAAUAAUGUUCGUUACACAGCUGAGGAUGGAAACGCCCCAGGGCAUCCCCCACCUUAUCCUUUGUAUCAUACCUGUGAACGGCAGAAGAAGAAAGUGACGAUCAUGGAGGACAAUAACACAGAAAGUUCCGUUUAGAUAAAGGAUCUUUUAGUCAAAGGAUCCAUAUGACAUUGACUGAUCUAACUUUUAGUAGGAAUAUUACCAAACUGUUUUCUCCUCUCUCCUUUUUCUAUUUAUACUGUGUAUAUUUAAAUCUGGCUGUGAUCCCCUCCAUUUCUAAUCCAUCUAUAAAGAAAGUGUCCCUAUAUAUUAAUGUUUAUCGAGAAUAAUAAAACCCAUCUAUUGAG